AUGCAAGAUCGCGACGAGAAUGCGCACUACAAGUCGCGCAUCAUCUCCGUUAUCGCUGCUACCGGUAUAGCUCUCGCUUGUGGAACAAACGUUACAUGGGCUCCCCAAUAUGCCGAGCGCAUGAAACUAUCCGCUACACAAAGCAACCUGAUCGGUAGCGCUGGAAACAUUGGCAUGUACGCCUCGGGCAUUCCUUUUGGCAUCUUGAUCGACACAAAAGGUCCUAGAUGGGCUAUCCUUAUCGGUGCCUUUUCGCUGGCAUGCGGCUACUUUCCCCUUUACUCGGCCUAUCAGAAAGGUCCCGGAUCUAUGAGCUUCCCGGCUCUCUGCUUCUUUGGUUUUCUGACCGGCAUGGGAAGUUGCUGUGCCUUUGCCGGUUCCAUCAAGGUCUCCGCAACGAACUGGCCUCAUCACAGAGGGACUGCCACCGCUUUCCCCUUGAGUGGCUUCGGUCUGAGUGCAUUCGUCUUUACUCUGAUUGGCAGUUUUGCCUUCCCCAAUGAUACCGGGGACUACCUACUGAUGCUGGCCAUCGGUACUUUUGUCAUGGUAUUCGUGGGGAGCUUCUUCAUGAGAUUGCUGCCUCCGUCUUCUCCUUAUCAAGCUGUACCUACUGAGGACGAGAGUCGACCUCCACGCAUUAGGAAAAACUCGCACGACCUUCAGUCAGCACGUCACAGCAGAGAUGGAAGCAGAUCAAGCGUCCCGGGUGAACCUAGUAACUCAUCUCUCCAGGCANCACAAAAUGCCUCAUCAGAUGAGACUUCACCGCUUGUUUCCCGGGCAGAGGAACCCUCUGCGGAUGAGGCUCAGACAUCCCAAAACCAAGGCUCACACAAANAAGAUAUUACAGGAUGGGCGCUCGCAAAGAGCCCCUCAUUUUGGAAUUUGUUCGUUCUACUCGGCCUGUUAUGUGGUGUUGGUCUAAUGACUAUCAACAACAUUGGAAACAACGUGAGAAAGGCUUUGACUGAAUUAAAUAGAUCAAACACUGACAAGUUCUCUAGGNCCAAGACUCUCUGGCACCACUAUGACGAGAAUGCAAGUCACGACUUCAUCCAGUCUCGUCAAUUAAUGCAUGUUGGUAUCCUCUCGAUCGGUUCCUUCGUUGGCAGACUAUCUUCCGGCAUUGGAUCGGACUUCGUGGUCAAACGCCUCCACUCGUCACGUUACUGGUCACUCGUCGCCUCGUCUCUGAUAUUCACCAUUGCCCAAGUCUUUGGACUCACGAUCGAGAACCCCACUCACUUGUACCUAUUGUCAAGUGUUACCGGACUUGGAUACGGUGCCUUGUUCGGCGUGUUCCCGGCUCUUGUUGCCGAUGCUUUUGGCGCUACAGGACUCGGCAUCAACUGGGGUGCUAUGACGAUGUCGCCAGUCAUCUCGGGCAACAUCUUCAACACAGCGUACGGCGCCAUUCUUGAUAGCCACUCGGGCUCAGCGGACGGUCAUCAUCGCAUUUGCAAUGAUGGAAAGUCUUGCUACUCUCAAGCGUAUACCAUCACCCUUGUCGCCAGUAUCAUGGGCAUUGCCUGGAGUAUGUGGUGUGUGCGCUGCGACACACAGGAGAAGAAGGCACAAAGGAAGCUGUACGAGGAUCAUUCACCCUAG